AUGACUAGAAGACAUAAAUUGUUAACAAGUUUAACUUCUCGAGCAAGUGAAAAUGAGAAGACUAUAGAUAUUCAGAAUGACCGUUUAAUGGAUGAAGCAUUUGCAAAAUCAUUUGCAACAAUAUGUACAAUAUUUUCGAGUGCACAGUGUGAUGAAUUUAUUCAUCCUGAAUAUUUAAGUCGAUUCUACUAUGUUCUACAGCAGGGUCUUCGAUUUUAUUCUGGAGACGAACAACGCUCUCAAGCAAUCAUUGAAUCGAUACUAUUACAUAGUGAAGAUAUAUUCCGCAUUAAUUUACGUGGCAUUAAUAUGCUUAUUCCACUGUAUCUGGAGCCUAUUGAAUAUUAUCUUAAUAUUGAUGUUCAAACUUAUAUAAGUAAUAAUCUUGGAUUAACCAAAGGAGUAAAUAAUGCGUCUAUAAUACGUGAUCGUUUCAUACGUAUUCGUUUAAAAUCGAUUCAAAUUCUUAUGUCAAUUAUUAGUCUACCAUUUCAUUAUGAACAUCUUGAACAGCAUUUAUUUGAAGACUAUUUGGAAAAAUCUCAUGAUGUACAAACAACAACAAAGAAAACGUUUUCAGAAUAUCGUCUAAAAAUAGUUCCAUUAUUGUUAAUUGCUUUACAAACAGAACAAGAUGUUGUCAAUGCACAAUAUCUGUUUGGUACCAUUCGAUUGGCGUGCUCGUUAACUGCUCAUCACGAAAGACAACAAGAUCAAACUGAUGAUAGUCAUCAAGAUCAUGCAGCUCAAUAUUUAAGACAUGCAGUUCUCUCAAUUUGUGAGAAAGGCACCAAUGAUUCUCAAUUAUUCUUAGCUGCUCUCGAUACUUUAAUCUCAAUUGUAACAGAUCCUAUCUGUAAAUUACCAAUUGAUGUAUGGAAAAAUGUUCUGAAACGUCUAUGUACUUUUAUUGAUACACAACUGCAUCGAAGUCCAAAAGAUCAUACGCGCGAAAUGCAUUCAACAUGUGUUGCGACGUAUAAUACAUUGAUAACAUUAAUUAUUGAACGGCCAACAUUACUUGAUGAUUAUGAAAAUUUAUUUAAACUGUGUGAAAUUAUUGAAUUAGGAAUAUCAGGUGAAAAAGCACAGUCAAGUGAUAGACUUGUAUUUAAGAAAGAAAAAGAAUUUCAUCCAGCAUCCCAACGUGUAGCUGAAGCUGCAGAAUAUUUAAUGUUUGUUCUAUUUGAACAUAAAGCAGUAUUGCAUUUAAAAAAUGAUAUCUGUCGAAAUGGAUUGGAUGAAUCAACAUUUGAAAAUCUAAUGGAAUCAUCACCAUUUAAAUAUUUUGCCGUCAAUGGAAAUACUUUAUUUGCUAUGAAUGAAUUACCAAUCAAUCUUAAUAAUGGACUACCAGCAGUUAUCCUUCUUUGUCGUGGAUUAUUCGGUAAAAAUGUUUGGACAUUGAAUUUUCGUCAUGACCCUAUAUCAAAUCCAUCGAUACAAUUAAAUAAAUCAUGUGAACGAUUAGUAAGUGAAAAUGGUAAAACUUCUUCACCACGUAUCAGCAAUAACCAUACUGAUCAAAAAGAAAAAAUUCUCAUAACUCAUGGCAUUAAAAAUGAACGAGCAAAAAGUUUUCAUCAUUCGUCUGAAUUGAGUAUUCCAACGUUAAAUUCAAUUAUUAAACGGGAUGAAGAAAAUUUAAAUUUAUUUCGGGCAUUAAAAGUAAAACAAAUUCCUGUUGAAGAACAAGCCAUUGAACGUUCUCAUAUUUAUGAUGAAAAAUUAUCACCAGAAUGCAAACCACUUGAAAGUCAAGAUAGUUUUGAAAGUAUUCGUUUAUUUCUAUCGCAUCAUGGAUUUUGUUCAUUGGAUUCUAUGGACUAUCUUAAAAAUGGCAAACAUUGGAACGAUUCUAAACCAUUUGAUCGUUUUCAAACACGAAUUCAAUUACUUGAUUCUACUGCAGAGAAUUUCUUCGAUGACAUAAAAAAACUGGAUAAAACAUCGCCAAUACUUUAUUGUACAGGACAAAUUUUUUAUUUGAAAAAACAUCAAUAUACUAUUUUAGAAUCAUUUGAAAAUAUGGAAACACCAGAAGAAUUAAAUCCGGCUUUUCUAAAAAUGGUUUCACAAUUUGGUUCCGUUGUUGAAGUUAAACGUCAUUGUGGUUGGACAGGAAGUUCAGAAACAAGUUGGAAAACAGUUUCCAGUUCGCAUUCAAAUACGAAUCCACAGACAAAAACAAUAUGUGAAAUUGAUGGUUAUGAUAGCAUUCUAUAUUGGGUGGAUUUAACAACAGAGAUGGCUUUUUACUUGCCGCAUAAUUUUUCUAUGAAUCAUCCUAGUCCAGAAAUGCGAAUAUUAAUUGUUUGGCUCGAAGAAUUUCGCGAUGAUCUGGAUUCAGUUCUACCAGCUCAAGAACCAUCGUCGAAAUUUCGCGACAUAUCCAUUAUUGGUAUUCAUCCUCUAAAAAAUCAUUUAUUUCGUAUAUCACUGAAUGCAAACGCUCAACGAAUGCAAUCAGCAUGUGCUAGUAUCCCACUAAUUGACGGAAUGGUUGUACCACUGAAUAUUUUAUCAUUUUUUCUUCGGCAAGCUGUAAAUACAUUAAGUCGUCGAAAACGUCUAGAAGAUAGCCAAAGUUCUCAAACUGCUUAUUCAUUACGAAAAACUCGAAUAACGAAAAUAAUUGAAAAAUAUCAAAAUCGAACAGAUAAUUCUGAGGAAUUCUUUCAAAAUAUAUUCUUUUUAUCAACACAAAAACAAACGACGAAUACUGAAUCAACAACACGAUCGAAUCCUAUGGUUAUUGUGCAAUCGUAA